AUGAAGGGCGCUGCUUUGUUGACUGCCGCGGCAGGCCUGGUUGGCUCUGCCCUGGCUGGCGGUGUUCACCAUCGCCAUGGCCAUGCCAAUCUCCACCGCCGUGGUGCUCAGACCUGUGGUUGCACAGUGAAGACGAUCACUAUGACCGGAGAGCCUACUUUGGUUCCGGAACCUGUCACGGAAAAGACAACCACAGUCCGCUCCACCAGCUACACCACUGUGACUGUCUCUGUCACUCCAUCUGAAGUCCUCCCAACUGCCGUUGUCACUGUGUACCCGACCCCCGGUACCUAUACCAUCGAGCCAACCACGAUUAUCGUAGACAAGACGACGACCGUCUGCGGUGCCACGACCACAGCCGUCUCACCAGGCGAGCACACCUACGGAGGUGUCACCACCGUUGUUGAGACAGCAACCACCAUCACCUGCCCCAUCGCGACUGUGAAGCCUGUUGGAAGCACCUUCACCAGUGUCAUCGAAAAGACUACCUUCGUCUGCCCAACUCCUGGAACUUACACCGUUGGCCCCAGCACUACCAGCGUCUCCAAGAGCACUGUCAUUGUUUACCCAACCCCGGAAACUAUCACUCCUGGAACUUACACUCAGCCUGGAGCUACUGUCACCGUCACUGAGACCGAUUAUGUCUACGUCUGCCCCAAGCCAACUGGUAUCGAGCCACCCAAGACUGACAAGCCAACCACACCUGCAAAUCCACCGGCCAACCCGCCUGCCAACAAGCCUCCCCCACCACCAUCAAAUGAUGAACCAAAACCCACCAAGAAGCCAGACCCCGCUCCUGCUCCAGCCCCCAGCAAAGGCCCUGAGCCACCACUCGGCGGAGGUGAGAAAUGGGGUAUGACUUACUCUCCAUACAACAAUGACGGCCAAUGCAAGGGUGCUAGUGAUGUCAAGAAGGAUAUCCAAACCAUCAAGGAGAAGGGUUUCAAGACCGUUCGCGUGUACUCUUCUGACUGCGAUGGUCUCCAGAACGUUGGUAAUGCCUGCAAGGAAUUCGGAUUGAGAAUGAUCAUUGGCAUCUUCAUCUCCAACACUGGUAUCCAGGGUGCUCAGAAGCAAGUCACUGAUAUCGUCCAAUGGGGUCAAUGGGGCAUGGUUGACCUCGUUGUCGUUGGUAACGAGGCCAUCUUCCAGGGUCACGCCGAUGCCGGUUCUCUUGCAAGCUUCAUUGCCUCCUGCAAGGCCACCUUCAAGAAGGCUGGAUACAACGGUCCCGUCACCACGACUGAACCACUUAACAUCUGGCAAGCCAACGCUGGCCAGCUCUGCGGUGUCAUCGAUGUCCUUGGCGCUAACAUCCAUCCAUUCUUCAAUGCUGGCGUUGCUCCCUCUGAAGCUGGCAAAUUCGCCAAGGGCCAGAUGGAUAUCCUCGAGAAACUCUGCAACAAGAAGGUCGUCAACCUGGAAACUGGCUGGCCCAAUGGCGGAGGUAACAACGGAAAGGCUGUCUCCGGUGCCUCGGAACAGGUCACUGCCAUCAAAUCAAUUGUCAAGGAGAUUGGCAGUAACUCUGUCUUCUUCUCCUUCACCAAUGACCUCUGGAAGGAACCUGGCCCACUUGGCGUUGAGCAAAACUGGGGUUGCAUUAACGUUUUCAAAUAA